UUUAUCACAAAUUGUGUAUUUGAUUCGGUAAUGGAACAAGACAGGAAGUCGUAGCAUUUAAGGAAGUAGCAAGUGGCGGCAAUAUGUCUUCGUAAUUUAAAUAGAUUUAAUGUUUAAGUGUCAGCGGGGGUGUCGAAACUCUAAUUCCUCCUCAUAAAGGAAAUACCUUUAUAGUAGGCCAGGCAUGAGUGGCACACACCUGGAGGAAUGGCAGAGGAGGUCCUUUGACAUUUUAUCUGGCACCUGCACACCUGAACAGAAGGCGGACGCCUAUCGGGCUCACAUCCUCUCCAUUCAGUAUGCAUGGGCAACCUCUCAGCUCUCUCUGGCUGGCAUGGGCAGCCUGCUCAGGACCUACUCAGAGCGCUACGCCGCAGUGCUGGACUCAGAUGACCCCCACACUGGACUCAACAACUAUGCAGAGAGUGCGCUUCAUCUGGCUCGCAGUCAGAGAAACCACAGCGACAAAUGGGAGUCUUCCCUUUCAGCAGAGAGCGUGCUGCAGAUUUCCUCUGUGCAGAGGAUGAUUCAGGCAGGUACAUGGGGAGACGGCGUCACGGUGGCAACGGCAGACCUAAACAUACCAGUGGGACUAGAAAAUGGAGGCUCUGAUCUCUUUACCACAACCAGGUCAGCAGCUGCAUGGGGUAAAACUAUGGGACCACCACAGCCUGGUUCAGACGUCAAAAACAUUUCCAGUAAUCUAACUAAUAUGUCUGCGGAGAGGCAGGGGGGGUCUGAUGCACGCGGGGUCAACCAGAACUCAUUUUCUCGUCCUCUAUUUCAAGUCCAGUCUGUGUUGCCUCAAUCCUUUUCAGCGCUGCCACAAGAGAGCUCGAGCACGGCAGGAGUGAAGCAGAACUCUCAGGGUGUCUUCUUUCCCUCCUCCAACCAACCAAAACAGAAGAAUUUUUACAAUCCAGACGGAGAAGAUGGCAGCAGGGGCAAACCCGGCACCGAGCCCCGAGCCAGAAACUUCAAAACCGCCCGUGAACAGUUCAUCAUCGAUCAUCAGAAGAAGCAUUCCCAUCAGCCCUCAAGAGGGCAUCCCACUGGGGGGGUGGCAGCAACGGUGAAGAAGUCUCUAGGAGCCAACAGACCUCGAGGGACAAACUCUAAAUUCGUGUCCCCCAUCCCACGCCACGAGGAGGAAGGCACCAUGGAAAACCACCGUUCCAAUCCAGAGCCCCAAGUCCUGGAUGAGCGUUUGAAGAAUUUCGAGCCAAAGAUAAUCGAGUUGAUCAUGAGUGAGAUCAUGGACCACGGGCCUUCUGUGGUCUGGGAGGAUAUCGCAGGCCUGGAGUUUGCCAAGACCACCAUAAAGGAGAUUGUGGUCUGGCCCAUGCUACGUCCUGAUAUCUUCACUGGUCUCCGUGGACCUCCCAAAGGAAUCUUGUUGUUUGGUCCUCCAGGAACUGGAAAGACUCUGAUAGGGAAAUGCAUCGCCUGCCAAUCGGGCGCCACCUUCUUUAGCAUCAGCGCCUCCUCACUCACAUCCAAGUGGGUGGGCGAAGGAGAGAAAAUGGUGCGAGCUCUGUUUGCCGUCGCUCGCUGCCACCAGCCUGCUGUUAUUUUCAUCGAUGAAAUCGACUCUUUGCUGUCCCAGCGGACUGACGGGGAACACGACUCAUCACGCAGGAUUAAGACGGAGUUCUUGGUCCAGUUAGACGGGGCGGCCACCGCGGCCGAGGACCGCAUCCUGGUGGUGGGGGCCACAAACCGGCCCCAGGAGAUCGACGAGGCCGCCCGUCGACGUCUGGCCAAGCGAAUGUACAUCCCUCUGCCCGAAGCGGCAGCUCGAAGGCAGAUAGUGACAAGCCUCAUGGCUCAAGAGAAGAACCGUCUGGGGGAGCAGGAGCUGGAGAGCGUGGUAACGGCCACAGAAGGUUUCUCUGGAGCUGAUAUGACUCAGCUCUGCAGGGAGGCUGCCCUGGGGCCAAUUCGCAGCAUUCAGCUGUGUGACAUUGCUACCAUCACUGCAGAUCAGGUGCGACCGAUCCUCUUCAGUGACUUCCAGGAGGCCCUGAAGACCGUUCGGCCUAGCGUCUCAGCUAAGGACCUGGAGCUGUACGAGGAAUGGAAUAAGACCUUCGGAUGUGGUCGUUAAACUUUGCUUGUCUGCUUAACUAUUAUCAAGAAAUCUUGAUUUAGAUGUCGGUUGUCCCAGUUUUUCCCAUUGGUUUGGACUCUUGAGACACUAUUUUUUUGUUAUUAGUCUGAAUGUAUUUAACAGUUCUACGAGUCAUCCUACAGCAAAGAGGAUCUUCGUUGUUUUACUUAGAAUUUAAGACUUUCUUCAGUUUUUCUCGUUUUAUUUAAUAUGUUUGUCAAAAUGUCAACAUGUGCUGCAUCAUUGGCAUUGUUGCUGCAGGUAUUUGCUGAAAUACUCUUGUUAAAAAAAUAAAAGAAAAU